GCUGUUCACGGAGAGUCAUCUCUUCUUGUUUCUUUUAAAUCUAGAGCAUCUGCCUUUCCAAAACACUUCAAUGUUAAGUCUCCCUAAUGAAGGCAUUUAGGAUGGCAGGAAGGAAAGACUGUUUUCCUGCGUUCUGGGAAGUAUGGUUAAGACUGGGUGGGGAAUAAUAUGAAAUUUAAGUAGUCUAGAAAAAAUAGUAAGGGUAAAGCCCAGAGCGGGCUUUCACUACUGUAAUUUAAGCUGGAAUCUUUUCAAACACUGCUGAAGCAGUUUGCUGACAUUGCUGUACGACAAAAUUGCCUUGGGAGAAAGGAAUCACAGGUUUGGUGUGGGAGCUGACCGAAAGUUAGUGGGGUUAGAGGCACUUUAAAGACCAAAACUCUCCAAUGUGUUUGGUUCUGGUGCUAAAUAGAGUCUAGAGGUCUCCUCCAGCAUUUCCAGUGAAAAACCUAUAUUGGUUAAACAGUGACUUCCAGCUUCUUCUACAGGAGAAAAAAAAGAGAAACUUCUGUGACAAAGACAAGUUGGUUUGCAGAUUUUCAUCUGGUUCUUCAUUUAGAAAACUGAGCCCAAUUCUGAGCAUUACGUGGGUUUUCACAGUUGCAUACAGUAUACUAUUAAUGAUCCGGGCGCCUGUCAGUGAAGGCAUGAUUUUCAUGGUUAAAAUAGGAAAUGUAUUCAUCUGUUUUACAUAAUAUAAACAGACCUGGAUAGAGCCCAAAGGGUCCAUCCUUGUAUUUCUAUACAACUUGAAAAGAAAAAAAGUGAAGGAGUUUCAAGGCAGAACAGAGGGUGAAAGGAAAUAACUGGUUUCUUCCUUGGACUGAGCUGCUGCCUUCUGUGUGCUCCGAGCAAGCAGCAGCCCUCAGAGAUGAGAUGGAGCAGUCCCCUGCAAUGCGUUCUGACUACUUGGUCUCAGGGAUUAGAACUCCGCCAGUGAGGAGAAACAGCAAACUGGCAACGCUGGGCAGGAUCUUCAAACCGUGGAAGUGGAGGAAAAAGAAGAAUGAGAAAUUAAAGCAGACCUCUGCAGUGCUGGAGAAGAAGAUGACAGCACGACAAGGUCGGGAUGAACUCAUUAAGAAAGGCCUUCUGGAGAUGAUGGAACAGGAUACUGAAGGCAAAGCCUGCACUGGUGAUGAUGCCACAAGAGCAACGCAGAGUGACCCUCCAGCUCCUGUGUGCCAGGCACUUGACUCUGAAGAGAUGCAGCAAGAGAGUACAACAGCAGCCACAGCAAAUGUGACCUCCCUUGGUGAGGAGCUGCAUUUGGAUGAGCUGAAAGAAGAUGCAGCCAAGAAACCUUCAGCACCCAUGGAAGAAUUAGAAGAUGCCAGUCUGCCAGCAUCUGAAGACAGUCCACAAGCCUUACUCAUUUCUGAAUCCACAGACUCUCCCCAGAAGGGGACAGAAAGAAACCCAGCACAGCUUCCCAGCCCUCCAUUGCUCCCAGCUCCACCGCCUAAGGCAAUCUCCAAAAUCACCAAGAGUGUAACAGCAGGAAGCGACACGGAUGACCCAGCCAUGAAAUCUCCUCCUUCCACUAUCCUGAAGAAUUAUGUAAUUGUCGGUUCCUCCCAAAUCUCAGGACAAGCUGCUCUCUUCCAUUCCUCUGGCCAGAAAAGCUCUGAUCCCCACAUCAGAGGACAGGUAACAACGCCGACCGGCUCCCCUCACCUGGCUGCUGUCCACCUGCCUUUACCUCCCAGCAGAGUCAUUGAAGAACUGCACAGGGCUCUGGCCACCAAACACCGGCAGGACAGCUUCCAUGGAAGAGAAAGCAAAGGCUCUCCAAAAAAAAGAGUAGAUGUCCGUCCAUCCAGAACGUCUAGCAUGGAGCGCAACAAAGAAAAGGAGAACUCACUGGGUUACAGCAGUGACUCAGAAAAUAAGCGGAACUCAGUUAAAGAGUUUGAUGAGAACAAAGAAAACAUGAUCAUGAACUCAGAGCUCAAGGAAGACUCUGUUUUUUAUCAGGAUGAAGAAGUCUUGAAUGACUCCAUUAUUUCUGGUACUUUGCCAAGAAAAUGCAAGAAAGAACUGCUGGCAGUAAAGCUACGAAACAGACCGAGUAAGCAGGAGCUGGAAGACAGGAAUAUUUUCCCAAGGAGGACAGAUGAGGAAAGACAGGAAAUCCGGCAGCAAAUUGAAAUGAAGCUCUCAAAGCGACUCAGCCAAAGACCUGCUGUUGAAGAGCUAGAAAGAAGAAAUAUACUUAAACAACGAAAUGAUCAAACAGAACAGGAAGAAAGGAGGGAAAUCAAACAGAGACUGACAAGAAAGCUUAAUCAGAGACCUACAGUUGAUGAAUUAAGAGACAGAAAAAUCCUGAUUCGAUUCAGUGAUUAUGUAGAAGUGGCAAAAGCACAGGACUAUGACAGGCGAGCAGAUAAACCAUGGACAAGACUAUCAGCAGCUGAUAAGGCAGCAAUUCGGAAGGAGCUAAAUGAAUACAAAAGUAAUGAAAUGGAGGUACAUGCAUCAAGCAAACAUUUGACAAGAUUUCACAGGCCAUAGAAAUUUUCUUCUGAGAAGAAUCUGUCUACUUUUUGAUACUGCUGCUGAACACACAUCAGGGAACGUAUAAGUCUUUCCCUGAAGUUCAGUCCAGGAUACCUUGAUGUUUAUGCGAAAGGAGGACUCUGCAGAUGAAAACUCUGCAGCACUUACAUAGAGAAAGAAACACCAGAGAUGAACUUCACUCUGAAGCCAGAAGAGUGAUGGCCUGUGGAGUGAGAUGAUCAGCUGAGAAAGACUGAAUGAAGUAAAGCUACUUGAAAGAACCUACUACUCUCCUUUACCACAUGUUUCAAACUGUUUUGCAGUCUAUCAUGGUAAAGGAGAUGUUGUGCAUGUACAGGCUUUACCAUUCCAAGGCCUCUGACAUAAAUGGACAUGACACACUGUCAUUCAGUAUUACGUUGACAAGACAUUUUGAACUUACCACAAUUAGUUUGUAAAACACUUAAGUUCAUGUUCUAAAAACUAAUUUAAUGUAUUAUAAUUUCAUUCCUUUUUUAUAUAAUGUCUAACACAGCUGCAAGCAUUUUUGACUCCUGUUACUUUUGUUCUUUAAUUAAAUGACUA